AUGCCUAAGCAACUCACAAGACCUUUACAGCUGGCCUUAAAAUACUGGGAGAAGUCCAUCAACGACUUGAACUUACCUCUCUACCUAAGUCAGGUUCUUCCUAUGAAGGGGUUUAAGAAAGCUCUCGGCCUCGGCAUAAUCGUAGCUGCAACGAAUGGCACGGAAGCUACUAUUGACUGCUCAUCCCUUCUCGCCAACAGCAAGUCCUUGAUUCCUGGUCUUCAGCCUUACUCGGCACAAUACUAUUCAGCGGGAACCACCUUUUCGACUCCUGAUGCUAGUCCCCGAUACAACACUCCUGUUCCAAAUCUAUCAGCAUUCUGUCGAUUCGGAGCGGAGUUCAAUACCUCAACGGAUUCCAAGUUUCGAUUUGAGGUUUGGAUGCCCAAUGCUGAUCAAUGGAAUGGAAGGUUUGCUUUUGUCGGAAACGGUGGAUAUGCCGGGGGCGUCAACUACCCAGAUAUGGGAAUUCCCUUGAGUAAAUACGGGUUUGCAGUAGCAAGCACCGAUACCGGUCACAAUGGAACAUCCGAGGAUGGCUCAUUCACUAUAGGGAAUCCCGAAACCCAGUACUGCAAGCAGAUUGACUUCGGGUACCGCGCUGUGCACAUGAGCACGGAGUUCUCCAAGAAAAUAGUCGAGCAGUACUAUGGUAAACCUGCAUCAUACAAUUACUGGAUUGGUUGUUCCAGUGGCGGGAAGCAAGGUAUGAAAUCGAUUCAAAAAUAUCCGGAAGACUACGACGGGGUUGUUGCUGGAGCACCUGCUCAGUGGUGGACACACCUGAGCGGGUUCCUCGUCCAUGUUAACCUCUUGAAUUCCCAGAAUACCACACCUGGCGCAAUCAUCCCAACCUCAUUCUUCCCAGCCCUUUUCGAGGAAGUCACUUCUCAGUGUGACGAAAUUGACGGAGUAAAGGACGGGAUCAUCACAAAUCCCCGAAGAUGCAAGCCAGAUCUAAGCAACUUGGCCUGCGGUGCGAGCAACCCUUCAGCUUUCGUCGACGCAAAUACAUGCUUGUCAGGACAACAAAUGAUAACUCUUGACGCUAUUCGGUCGAAUUGGACGUCAAGCGAAGGAGCGUUUUUGUUCACAACAGUCGAACCGGGAAGUGAGUUUGGGUGGAACAGUUCGGUCUCUGGGGUACCAUACCAAGUAGGAUCGGAUUACUUUCUGUAUCAGGUUCUUAACAAAACCAGCAAAAGCACUCUUUCGAUAAAUGAAACCGAACUCCAGGCCCUCUUGACCAUGGCCGAUGAGACGAACCCGGGUGAUAUUGAUGCGAUGAACCCAGAUCUAACACAGUUCUUCAGUCGUGGAGGAAAACUCAUGCAAUUUCAUGGGUUUGGAGACCCGCUGAUCCCGGCAGGAAGCUCGUUGGUGUACUACGAGAAAGUCAGAUCGUUCUUCAAUCACACAGAUCUGAGCGAUAGUUACAAUCUGUUCAUGGUUCCCGGGAUGGCCCAUUGCAGGGACGGACCUGGGGCAAAUGCGUUCGGGGCGUCGAGUCAGCGGGAUGCGUCUCUCGGAGGAGCGGGCCAAUCACUCAAGUUCGAUCCCGAGCAUGACAUGAUUUUGGCGACGAUCGACUGGGUCGAAAACGGCCGAAAGCCGAGGUCUAUUGUUACGACUCGUUGGAAAGAGUCGAAUAUGACAAAUGGGCCUGACUACACUCGUCUGUUGUGUCCCUACCCUCAGGAAGGAAUCUUCAAAGGGGGAGACGAUAAAAAUGCAACCAGCUACGUUUGCGGUAUACCAACCUAA